AUGUCCGCAGAACAUACCGCCACGUGGACGCCAGGCGAUUUCGAACAUCCCAACGAGGACUUGCGCCGCUCCAUUACCAUUGCAUUAUGCUUUGCAUUCACGUUGUCGACGCUAUCCGUUGCCCUGCGUAUCUUGGCGAGAAAGAUGACUGGUAGCAAGCUUUUCAUGGAUGAUUACUUGAUCCUAGUUGCUCUGUUAUUCAAAUAUGCCUGCUCCAGUGGAGUUGUAGGUCUUUUAUAUAAUGGCUUGGGGUCGCACAUUACAAUGAUCCCAGCAAAGAAUCUCGUUGUUUACUUCCAAAUUGGAUACUCCAACAAUUUCAUCUACACGGGCUGCAUUGCCUUUAUCAAGUUCUCCAUUUUGGCGCUAUACAAGCGUCUCUUCGCCGUCCGACACAUGACCAUUGCAGUAAACUUGAUGUUUGGAUUCAUCUGUCUCUGGGUCGUCGGUGUAUAUGUUGCUGGAGCUCUUAUAUGCAUUCCAGCGAGCAAGUUCUGGGAUCAGUCGAUCGAAGGAGCAUGUCUCGACCCAGCCAAGUUCAACUACGGCUUGCAGAUUCCCAACAUUCUCUCCGAUCUUAUCCUCCUGGUUAUGCCCAUGAGAGUUGUAUGGACAUUGCCGAUCCCCAAGUCCCAAAAAAUGCUGCUUUCUGGAGUCUUCCUCGUCGGUGGCCUGACUCUGAUAUUUGACUGCUUCCGCCUCGACGCCAUGAUCAAAUUAGUGGGCCAAGGUCCUGAUAUCACCUACAACCAAGUCCCCGUCGUCGUAUGGACUUGUAUCGAGGCAGCAGUCGGAAUCACCGCCGCCUGUCUUCCCAACCUGCGCCCGCUCUUCAAGCUGGGCCACCGCAACUUCUGGUCGACACUUCGCUCCUCAAACAAGGAAGUGUCCGAGCAGACUCUUGUCCCCACAACCUCUGGAAGCACCAUAUCUUCGGACCGGAAACACUAUUCCUAUAUCGUCGAAGGGAAUAUUGAAUCUGCUGGGUAUAAUAGUUUCGCCAACAGGGGGAACUAUUAG